AUGGCUGUCUUCGAAACAUUCGGAAAAUCAAUCCAAAGUUUAAAACUAAAAUCUCGACUUAAGAGGAUAAUCUUCAGAGAAAAAUCUAAAAAAACAUUUUAUCAAAUAAACCCCGCAGAGAAUUUCGAAAUUCCAAAAUCUCUUGAAUGUGACUUCCCUUUACGUUCAAAUAAUGAGUAUAAAUCAGAAGUUGAAAAAUAUUGCCUUGAGUGGGUAAUGCAAUUUGGAUUGGUGACAAAAAAAGAAGCAAUUGAACGUUUUAAAAGUGCUAAGUUUGGUAUAUUUGGCUGUUACGUUUAUCCAAAUGCUCCGUUUGAUAGACUUUGUCUGGUUAUCAAUUUCAUGAGCUGGCUAUUCCUCCUCGAUGAUCAAAUCGAUAACAAAAAUGACCUAAUCGAUAAACCUGAAAAAUUAAAAAAAAUUUUAGAUGGUUUUUUAUUGGUUAUAGAUAGCGACCAUUGCCCAGAUUCUGCCAAGUGUCCAGCUGCUCUCGCACUAUGGGACUUAUGGUCAAAAAUGAAAAGUAUAACUGGAAGAACUUGGCAACUAAGAUUUC